AUGUCCGGCACCUACUCAGGUCCCUGGAUGACUUUGACCACUUAUUCGGCAAGAAACAAUGAUGAAGUAAAUUAUAUAUUAAAUAUCAAAAAAUUAAUUAUGUUGAACAUUCCACUACAAAGCUAUUUGGAGCAAGCUUCGCAAAAAUCAACAAUUAAUAAUUAUCCAGAAUUUGUUUGUCCACAAAAUUUUCGAAAUAUAGCUGAUUGGGUAUACGGAUGGCCAAAAUCUAUUUUUAAUGAAAAAACUUACUCUACAUCUCUAAAUAAAAUAAACAAAGUCUUACAAAAUGGUAGUAUUAUCUAUGUACGAGCUGGAUCAUUGGAUGAAUUUUUCAACGAAGUUUAUCCUCAUUUAAGAGUUCAUUUUGUACUAAUAACUGGCGAAGGAGAUCUGAGCGUACCAAAAUCUGAACAUUUGAAAUUCAUUACAGAACCGUCUAAAAUCCUUCAUUGGUAUGGACAAAAUGGCCAAAUACUCUCAGAUGACCAGAUUCGAUUUACACAUACACCAAUAGGAUUAAACUGCUAUGAAAUGGCUGCCGCUAUUCGCACGUUAUAUACAAAAGUAACAAACCAACAAAGAUUUGUUCUUCAUAAUUAUUAUCGGAGAAACGAUCCCACUGGCACUCGUAAUCGUUUAUGGCAUCUAGCUUGUUUUACACCUCAUAUAAAAAAACUAUCAAAACAGAACAGCAGUUUGACUAAAAGCGAAUGGUUUAACUUUUCCUCCUGUAUCUACAAACAACCAGGUGUCGAGAAAAAUGUCAAUAAACUCGUUGAAAUUUAUUUACGUAAUCGUCAAUAUCCAAUGUGGAUAUCACCGCGGGGUAUAGGUAUCGAUUGUCAUCGUACAUGGGAAGCCUUGUAUUUGAAUGUGAUUCCGAUUGUGGAAAAUUCAACAUUGAACAGCCUCUACCAAGAAUUACCGAUGAUCAUUGUAAAUAACUGGACAACAGUUAAUGAAAAAUUUUUAAGAGAGCAACUAACCGCCAUCAUUGAGAAAAAGCAGAGACAUUAUCCUUAUAAAUGGGAAAAAUUACAAAUGUCAUAUUGGCGUCGACUAAUAUCAAAUUAUUCUGCUCCUAUUUCGAACAGAACUAUUUGCUGGCACUCCGAACGCAUUUAA